CAUUAUUUCGAACCUACAUCCUUGAAGCAUAGGCGAAGUUCUGAAAAUGGCUGAUAUCUUCGUUCGAGAUGCAAAUUUAGUAGCUUUAAUCGAAAAAACUGGUUAUAAUAUAGUUCAAGAGAAUGGUCAACGAAAGUAUGGUCCUCCUCCAGGCUGGGUUGGACCUCCUCCACCCAAAGGAUCUGAAAUUUUUAUCGGAAAAUUACCAAGAGACGUCUUCGAAGAUGAAUUGGUUCCGUUAUGUGAGCAGUUUGGGAAAAUCUAUGAGCUCCGUUUAAUGAUGGAUUUUAACGGAAAUAAUCGUGGAUAUGCUUUUGUAACAUAUACAAAUACUGAAGAUGCUGGAAAAGCAAUAAAAGGCUUGGAUUGCUUCGAAAUCAGACGAGGGCGCCACAUUGGAGUUUGCAAAUCAAUCGACAACUGUCGCUUAUUCAUAGGAGGAAUUCCGAAGGAUAAAAGCAAAGAAGAAAUUAAACAUGAAGUUAGUAAAUAUACGGAAGGUGUAUCUAAAGUUAUUCUCUACAGCAGUAUUUUGGAUAAAACAAAGUACAGAGGCUUCGCUUUUGUUGAGUAUGAAAGUCAUAGGGCAGCCGCUAUGGCAAGGCGUAAAUUGAUAGCCGCAAAUAUUAAACUUUUCGAUCAUGAAAUCGCUGUAGACUGGGCUCAACCUGAAGCUCAAGUGGACGAUGAAACUAUGAAAAGAUAUGUGCGAUCUGUGGAAAAGGGCUUUUUUAUGUCUUCCAAACUCUCGGUCACUGUACUGUAUGUGCGGAAUCUUUCCGCCUUGACUAGUGAAGAACAGCUUCGUGUUCUUUUUUCAAUGGGUGGUGCUUUGAGAGUUGAAAGAGUGAAAAAAAUGAGAGAUUUCGCUUUUAUUCAUUAUUAUAAAAGAGAAGAAGCUGAAACUGCACUGAAACAAUUUGAUGGAAUUAUGAUUGAUGACUGUGUAUUAGAAGUAACCUGGGCUAAACCUCCUGAAACUCAAAAGCAAAAGUCACUUAUUGAUAAAAGAGAUGUUGGAAACUUCUUGUAUAAGCCAGUAAAUUAUGAAAAUUUUGAUCCCAACUUGGAGCUCAGUUUUUCAAACUCGUCAUCAGUUCCUGGAUUCUCAUUUUUUCCAAGAUCAAUUGGAAGUCCACGAUCAAGUGCUAGACCAAGAUUUCCAAUUUCUAUGCAAAACCUAAGAAGCACUUUUCCAAUUACAAGACCUGUUCAGCUUUUGUAUUACAUCUGUCUUGAAAAUGGAUGGGGUGAACCUCUGUUCCAGGUGUCUCACGUUGACUCAGAUCCUUGUGAAUUGUUUUUUGUUUGCUGGGUUAUAAUGCCUGGUUGUCCAUUUGGUCGUCGUUUUAUGUCUGAUAAAAUAAGCCGAACUCCAGAAGAAGCUAAAUUGUAUGCUGCUUGCCAUGUUUUAAAAAAAUUUGGAAUAAACUGUGAUCAUGCUGAUAGCUCAGGAUUGUCAUCUUAUCAUCUGCCUAUUCCGAGUUCGUAUGCCAAUAUUUCAAAGAAUCUGUUGAAUAGCAAUUCACUGGGAGCUUCAAAAUCAGCCUCAAAUUUGGACUUUUGUUCACCACCUAAAGCAGCUUCUUACCCAACUUUUAAAUCUCAGCCAUCUAUGCCAUUUUUUAAUGAGAGAGGACAAGGGGAUACUGGUAAUGUUUUGCCCAGUUCACCUUCUUCAGAUACGUUUCAAUUCGAAGAUGUGGAAAACUCAGCCUCAUGGUUGGAUCCAAAUACUCCUAUAGAACCUAAUAGUAUCCUUGGUCUUCUUGCUUCAAUGGCAGCUGCAACAAAUGUUGAUCUUCCUAUAUUUAAUAAACAAAAACUUUAAACGUUGUACCUGAACAUUGAUUUCUUUUACAUAUUAUUAUUGUUAUUUCAUUUGAAUAUAAUGCACAGUUAAAUAUAUUUCAUGUGUAAUUAUUUGAAAUGUCAUAUUAUGUUUAAAUUUCCUAUAGGUAUUUAUUGCAGUUAUUUUCUUCUGUUUUGCUUUCAUAAACUUGAGGAAUGAUUGAGAAUUGUUCUUUUCAGAACAAUAAUAUUACUUACUCAGCUUGCAAUAUGAGAAAAGUUUUGUAACCUAUCCUUUUUCAUGCUUAGUUAUUGUAGUAUUUUUAAGCAGCUGACUUAAAAAAUAUAAAAUUGCUUUCUUAAAUUAUUGUUUACUUCUUUGUAAAUCUAUCAUUAUUUUCAAAAUAGUAUGUAAAAGUACUUUGGAAUAUAUAUGAGAUUUAAUUAAUAUAUAGGAAAAUUUAAUGAUAUA